AUGGCAUCGAGAGACACCGCCCUCUUGGGCCCGACGCCGGAUGGCGACCGCUAUGAGCUCACAAGUCCAACAGCAUUGCCGAAGGCAGGCGGCUUCCUCUGGAACCAAAAGAUGAUGAUACACUUCACCUGUAGAGGAUAUGCCACCGCCCAGUUCAUGCAACCCGAGCCUGCCAAAUACUCGCACGCGCCAAACAUCGAGGCGAGGACCUUCAUGCAGCCCGAGCAGAAUUACUACACGCACCACCCCGGUCGCUUCGUGUAUGUCAAAGAUGAGGAGACUGGCAAGAUCUUCUCGACCCCUCAUGAGCCUGUCCGCGCUGAGCCGGAACGGUUCGUGUUCUCUGCAGGCAAGAGUGAUGCGUCCUGGACGACGCAGGGGCUUGAUGGCAUUCAGGUGGGGAUGACCUUGGCUCUGCCCACGCACGAUGUCGCGGAGUUAUGGACGAUCAAGGUCACAAAUACAUCCACCCGAGCGCGGAGUAUCAGCUUGUAUCCCUAUUUCACACUUGGUUACAUGUCAUGGAUGAAUCAAGGGGCAGAGUACCGAUCUGACCUUAGAGGCAUUAUCGGAAGCAGCAUCACUCCAUACCAAAAAGCAGAGGACUAUGCCAAAAACAAAUUCCUCAAGGAUAAGACGUACUUCCUCUGUGAGGAGCCACCGGACGCCUGGGAGGCCAAUCAGAAUUCGUUCGAAGGAGAAGGUGGUCUUCAUGCUCCAUCAGCGAUCCUGGAAAGCCACAAGUUGAAGAAUGGAGAUGCACGUUACGAAACGCCAGCCGCAGCUGUGCAAUACCGUGUCGAUCUCGCACCAGGCGAGGAAAGAACCUACCGAUUCAUAUUUGGCCCAGCUCUGGACGAUGCCGAGAUCCAAUCCAUGAAGGAGAAGUACCUCAGUGCAGACGCGUUUGCCCAAGCGGCAAAGGACUACGCGGCUUACAUUCAAACUGGGAGAGGGCGCCUCCAAAUAAAGACACCAGACCCAGCCCUGGACAACUUCGUCAACAACUGGCUGCCCCGGCAAGUCUUCUACCACGGCGACGUGAAUCGCCUCAGUACCGACCCGCAGACGCGGAACUACCUCCAGGACAACAUGGGAAUGAGCUACAUCAACCCGGCCGUGGCACGCAAUGCCAUCGUGACGGCCCUGUCGCAGCAGGAGGAGACGGGCGCCAUGCCGGACGGCAUCCUGCUGUCGCCUGAUGCUGAGCUCAAGUACAUCAACCAGAUCCCGCACACUGACCACUGCGUAUGGCUCCCCAUCGCUCUAGAAGUGUAUCUCUCCGAGACUGGCGACUACGAACUGCUCCAAGAAAGCGUCUCAGGAGCUCGCGGAGAGACGCUCACCGUGUUCGACCGUCUGUGCCGCGCGAUGGACUGGCUUCUCUCGUCAAACGCCAGGGACGGAUAUGGGCUUAGCUACAUCGCCCAGGGGGACUGGUGCGAUCCAAUGAACAUGGUAGGAUGGAAGGGCAGAGGUGUGUCUGGCUGGCUGACCGUAGCUACUGGGUACGCCCUGAAGCUGUGGGCAGAGACGUGCGCCGAGGCCAAGCGGCCAGACGCGGCGGAGAAAUAUCUCGCCGGCGCAAAGGAGGUCAAUGAAGCGGCGGCCAAGCACCUCUGGGAGGGCGACUGGUUCCUACGCGGCAUCACCGACGACAACAGGGUAUUCGGCGUCAAGGACGACAAAGAGGGCAAGAUCUGGCUGAACCCGCAGGCAUGGUCCAUCCUCGGCGGCGCAGCGGACGCGGACAGGAUCGCCAAGAUGCUUCCACACGUCGACGAGCUACUGGGCACCCCGUACGGGGUCCUCAUGUUCUGGCCGCCCUUCAGCGGGAUGGUUGAGGAUAUCGGGCGCGUGACGCAGAAGUUCCCCGGCCAGGGCGAGAACGGGUCCGUGUACAACCACGCAGCCGUCUUCUACAUCCACGCGCUCUACAGCAUCGGCGAGGCGGACCGCGCCUACAAGCUGCUGCGGCAGAUGCUCCCCGGCCCCGGCGAGGACGACUAUGUGCGGAGGGGCCAGCUGCCCGUGUACAUCCCCAACUACUACCGCGGCGGCUGGAAGGAGUACCCGGACCGGGCGGGCCGGUCGAGCCAGCUGUUCAACACCGGGACCGUGUCGUGGGCGUACCGCUGCUUCAUCGAGGGCCUGUGCGGGCUCCGGGGCGACGCUGACGGGCUGAGGGUGAAGCCGCAGCUGCCCUCGGACUGGGACGGCAUCGCGGUGAAGCGGCUGUUCCGCGGGGCCGAGUUUAACGUGGAUAUCCGCCGUGGGGAUGUCAAGCAGGUGCAGGUUGUCCUCGACGGCAAGGCCCUUCCGGAAGCUCACAUCACGGGCGUGGAGGUUGGCAAGACAUACGAUGUCUCUGUGCUUGUGCCAGCGAAGUAG